UGUUUAGCAUAUACAAAAAUGUUUAUUUGUGUGUACAAAUAAUUAAAAGAGCUUAUGACUAUAAAUAGUUUACAGUACCGUUUAGUUAAUAUCAGUUCAACUCGGCUCCUUACACUAACUUUACAUCGAAACAUAGAUUUCGUAUAAUUAGCAUGUGGCAACUAUUUUCAAGUGUUAUUGUCGCUGUUGCGAUCGAUUUGGUAUGUGCAGGACAUAUUCCACUGGGUCAAGCCACCAGUUACGCUUCUGUGGUGCAACAUGAACAAGUGCCUCACCAUGGUGGCUACACGGGCCCAGUUAAUUAUGUGAUCUUAGGAGAUAAGCAACACGAACCACAUCACUAUCCAAAAUAUGCAUUCGAUUAUGGGGUUAAGGAUUCUCACACUGGCGAUAAUAAGAGACAUUGGGAACAACGUGAUGGCGAUUACGUCAAAGGUGGUUACACACUACUUGAAUCAGACGGCACUACUCGUGUGGUUGAAUACUCCGCUGAUGAUCACAAUGGUUUCAAUGCUAUAGUGAAGAAGAUCGGACACGCGCACAACCCAAAAGUAUAUUAUCAUAAGGAAGCCUACGGCUAUGACAACCACAGACCAUAUUCUCAAGGACAUUCCGGCAGCUAUGUGGAAAUCAAACAAUACCAUUAA